CUCCCUUUAAAUGUAAUGGCAAUCAUCAUAUUUCUCUUCAAGAUAAAAGUUAGGAAACCAGCGGUGGUUUAUAUGUUGAACCUGGCCACUGCCGAUGUGCUCUUUGUUAUUUUGCUCCCUUUCAUCAUUAUAUAUCGAUUCUCCGGGAAUAACUGGCUUGUUGGAGAAGGGAUGUGUCGUCUUGUCACUGCAACACUUUACUGUAACACGUACUGCUCCAUCCUGCUCAUAACCAGCAUCAGUGUGGACAGAUACCUGGCUGUGGUCUACCCAAUACAUGCUCUGUACUGGCGGACGACAACACGAUCUUGGGUGGCCUGUAUAUUUAUUUGGAUUUUAUCCAUAUUCAGCACUGUGCCUCUUCUCAAAGUUAGACAAACAUAUACUAUUAAUGAUCUAAACAUCACAACCUGUUAUGAUGUGCUUUCAAUCAAAGAUCUUCAAGGUUUUCUUCUUUAUUUUUUUACAUCUUAUAUCUCGCUCUUAUUCUUCUUACCGUUAUUUAUCACAACCUACUGCUACAUUGGUGUACUCAGAAAAUUGACCUCCUCAGUAAUUGACAGCACAGCUAAUAGAUCCAGAGCUGUGGUCCUAACUGUGAUUGUGCUAUGUGUAUUUGUACUGUGCUUUGGGCCAACCAAUAUUAUCUUUUUAAUUCACUUCCUGGGUUAUUUAAAAGAGAACAGUGAUUCUUCGUACUUUGCUUUUGUAUUUUGUGCCUGUAUCAGCAGCAUUAGUUGCUGCCUUGAUCCCCUUAUCUAUUACUUUGGAUCCUCAAAGUGCCAGAGGUACCUACACAGUUUACUGUGCUGCAAAAUAAAUAGUGGUUGA